AAGCUCUAGGCCGGAACUCGGCGCGGAAUACGGCGCCUGCCGCUUGGUUGGGCUCAGGAUGCGCGGCGGGCAGGGCGCGGCGCGGGCCCCGGUGAUCCAGUUCACCAACUGUCGCAUCCUGCGGGGCCGGGCGCUGCUCAGGGAGGAUCUGUGGGUGCGUGGGGGCCGCAUUCUGGACCCGGAGAAGCUGUUCUUUGAGGAGCGGCGCGUGGCUGACGAGCAGAGGGACUGCGGGGGCUGCAUCCUAGCGCCCGGCUUCAUCGACGUGCAGAUCAACGGUGGGUUUGGCGUUGACUUCUCUCAGGCCACAGAGGACGUGGGUUCGGGAGUCGCCCUGGUGGCCCGGAGGAUCCUGCCGCACGGAGUCACCUCCUUCUGUCCCACGUUGGUCACCUCGCCACCGGAGGUUUAUUGCAAGGUCCUUCCUCAGAUCCCCGUGAAGAGUGGUGGUCCCCAUGGGGCAGGGGUCCUCGGGGUGCACCUGGAGGGCCCAUUCAUCAGCCACGAGAAGCGGGGUGCACACCCCGAGGCCCACCUGCGUUCCUUUGAGGCCAACGCUUUCCAAGACUUGCUGGCCACCUAUGGGGGCCUGGACAACGUCCGCAUCGUGACACUGGCCCCCGAGUUGGGCCGCAGCCACGAGGUGAUCCGGGCAUUGACGGCCCUUGGCAUCUGCGUGUCCCUAGGGCACUCAGUAGCUGACCUGGGCACUGCGGAGGAAGCCGUGCAGAGCGGGGCCACCUUCAUCACCCACCUCUUCAACGCCAUGCUGCCUUUCCACCACCGUGACCCAGGCAUCGUGGGGCUCCUGACCAGUGAUCGGCUGCCCCUGGGCCGCCACAUCUUCUACGGGAUGAUUGCUGACGGCAUACACACCAACCCUGCCGCCCUGCGCAUCGCCCACCGGGCCCACCCCGAGGGGCUGGUGCUGGUCACUGAUGCUGUCCCUGCCCUGGGCUUGGGCAAUGGCCGUCACACGCUGGGGCAGCAGGAGGUGGAGGUGGAUGGCCUGACAGCCUAUGUGGCAGGCACCAACACACUGAGUGGCAGCAUAGCCCCAAUGGAUACCUGCGUCCGGCAUUUCCUGCAGGCCACAGGAGCUCAUGGCAGAGGGAGAGGGCUGCGAGCAAGCGGAUGGCUGGAACCCACAGUGACAGGCACUGAAGCCACGGCACCCGAGGGCAGGGCCUUGGCCUGGGUCCUGUGGGACUGCAGGAUUGGCAGGUGCAGAGCUGUGGAGGGCAGUGGGGUGGGGGCAGCACUCCAGGCUCCAGGGUUGGGCUGCUCGGGGGCCUCUCAAUGGGGUUGGCAUGUUCUUGGGGAGGUGAGGAGGGUGUGUCUGGCAGAGGCUGUGGUGGGCCAGGCCCUGUGGGGCUCUUGGCAGUGCCUUGGGGCUGGGAUGUCAUGCAGGGGGCCGGGGGUGGGGGGCACCGUGGUCCAAGGUGCUGUUUGGAGCCGCAGGGAGACGAAUUGGGAGGCACAGACAGCUGUUGGCCUGGCUUGGGGGGUGAAGCAGGGGAUGGAGAGAAUUGGGGUACCCAGCAGUAUCUUCAGGUUGGGGGGAGGGGAGGGUCUCGUCACCCUGCUGCGGAGUCCUGGGGUGUGACCUUAGGAUUUGGAGCUCUGGGGCUGGGGGGGGAACCCUGCUGGGUACCCUCUUCCUGCCACUCACCCAUCCCAGCCCUGCAGGGACCUCACUGACAAAAUGCUUUAGACCCAAAUGUCUGCAGGCCCCUCCCCUUGGCUUCCAAGAAAAGCACCCCUCCAGAAAGGAGGACCCCAGGCAUCAUGAGGCCACCCAGAACUCGGUGCUCUGCCGCUGCGCCCCCACCCCCGGCCCUGCCUGCCCUGAAGUCAAAUGGCAGAGCCAGCCAGAGGUUGGGGGUAGUCACCCAUUUG